AUGAGUAAGUUCAAAACCAUUGAUACAUUUUUUAAAAGAAAAGAUCAAGAGAAUGAAGAUGCUUCUACUAUUACUACUCCAACACUUGAGGGGUCAUCAAAUUUCAUUACUUCAAGUUCUCCAUUGAAUAGCUCAAAGCGUCCUCGACUUCUUCCAAAUCAACUGGAUGUUUUUCGUUUGGAAAGAGAUCCUGGAAUACGACCAAUGAUUUGGAAGUUUCUUCCAAAUCAAAGAGAUGAAAUCCGUCGGGCUUAUAUUAAAGUUGGGCCAAAUCAACCAAUUCUUGGUUGCGCAUAUAGAGGACAUGAUGAAAGCCAAAGUUCAAGCAACAGAGGUAACUUUUUGAAAAUAUUGAAAUUUUUGGGAUCUUACAAUGAAAGAGUGAAAAAGAAUGUUUUGGAAAAUGCUCCAAAAAAUGCUAAGUAUAUUUCAAAUGAUGUCCAAAAAGAAAUUCUACAUAUUCUUGCUACUAAGGUGAGAAAUUCAAUUAGAGAAGAGAUUGGAGAUGCCAAAUUUUGUAUUAUUGUUGAUGAAACUAGAGAUGAAUCUAAAAAGGAGCAAAUGUCCAUUGUUUUGAGAUUUGUUACUCUAGAUAGUUUUGUUAAAGAGAGAUUCUUUGAUCUUGUGCAUGUCAUUGAUACUUGUGCAACAACUUUAAAGAAAGAAUUGAUUUCUGUCCUUUCUCAUUAUAAUCUCCAAGUUGAAAAUAUUAGGGGUCAAGGGUAUGAUGGUGCUAGCAACAUGUGGGGUGAGUGGAAUGGUUUGCAAGCUUUGUUUCUUAAAGAUUCUCCUCAAGCAUAUUAUGUACAUUGUUUUGCUCAUAGGUUACAAUUAGCAUUGGUGGCAGCUUCAAGAGAGGUACUUCAAAUUCAUGAAUUUUUUACUCAAUUAAACUCUAUUAUCACUAUUGUUAGUGCUUCUUCAAAAAGACAUGAUCAAUUACAAGAAGCUCAAGCAAUUGAAAAUGCAAACUUAGUUGCUCAAAAUGAAUUAGAAAUAGGCAAAGGUGCGAAUCAAAUAAGUACUUUACAAAGAGCUGGGGAUACUCGAUGGAGCUCUUACUUUAAUUCUAUUUGCAAUUUGGUAAAAAUGUUUACUGCUACCAACAUUGUUCUCAAUAAUAUCAUUGAAGAUGUGAUAACUUAUGCACAAAGAGAUGGUGAAUGGUGCAAGUUUCUUGCAAAUGUUAAAGAUUUUUGUGAAAAGCAUGAAAUUGAAGUCCCUAAUAUGGGUGCACAAUAUGUUUUUAGAAGUGGUCGAUCUCAUCAACCAAGUGUGACAGUUGAGCAUCAUUAUCGAAUAGAUGUAUUCUUGGCAACAAUUGACUCUCAAAUACAAAAGUUGAAUAGUAAAUUUAAUGAGCAAACAAUAGAGCUUUUGACUUUGAGUUGUGCUUUGGAUCCUAAUGACAAUUUCAAAUCAUUUAAUAUUGAAGAAAUUAGCAAGUUAGCAGAGAAGUUUUAUCCCAUUGACUUUCCUUCUAAUGAGCUUAAUAUUUUGAAAUCUCAGUUGCAACAUUAUCAGCAUGAUAUACCAAAUCAUUUGAAAGGAAUUGGUACACUUUCUGAAUUGUGCAAGAAGUUACAAGAAACGGGAAAAUCAAGAACUUAUCACAUGGUUGAUAGAUUAAUACGUCUUGUUUUGACUCUACCAGUAUCUACAGCAACAACAGAAAAAACUUUUUCAGCAAUAAAAAUUGUUAAGACAAGACUCAAAAGUAAGAUGGCUGAUGAAUUUCUUGCAGACAAUUUGGUCAUCUAUAUAGAAAAAGAAUUAGCAGCUAUUUUCGACACAAAUUCAAUUAUAGAUGAUUUUGAGAAUAGAAAAAAAAGUCGAAUAGCCUUUUCAUGA